UCUCAGCUUGAGGAUCAACACAGCACCGGGCUUACACUUCCUCUGCUAGCUCUCGUUGCCUUCCUUCAAGUUCCAACUGCAAUGGCUGCCAUGAGACUCAGCCUCCUCAUCAUGGCCGUGAUGGCCGUCCUAAGCACCACGUCGGCGGCAAGCUACAACGUUGGCGAGCCGGGCGGUGCGUGGGACCUCAACACCAACUACGGCACCUGGGCGUCCUCCAGGAAGUUCCAACCCAGCGAUCAGAUCGUCUUCAAGUACUCCCCUCAGGCGCACAACGUCCUUGAGGUUAGCAAGGCCGACUACGACUCGUGCAGCACCGUCAACCCUAUUGCGACCCUCAACUCAGGGAACGACAUCGUCACCCUCACCGCCGUUGGCACCCGCUACUUCAUUUGUGGGUUCCCUGGCCACUGCACUGGUGGCAUGAAGGUCAAGAUCGACGGCGUGCCUGGCUCCUCCUCGCCAUCACCCGCCCCGGCCAGUGGCCCCAAUGCAAGCAACGCUCCUCCAACCACGCCUGUCUCUACCGCCACCUCCGUGAAGGCCACGGGGUUUGGCUUCGCCAUCCUGCUUGCCUUUGUCGGUUUCAUGGCUUGAGUACAUCUGUAUAGCCCCACGCACAUACCUAAUUUAUGUAAAGUCAAAUAAUCAUUCCUAGUAAAUAUAUGUGUGUAUAUUCCACUAAUUGGAUACACGACUUUGAGUUUC